UUGAAGAAGAGCGCUGUCUCGUCCACGCCGCCCGAAACGAUCAUCUACAAUGUGUCCGGCAGUCAUUUGGCAGCACAGCAGCAACAUCAACAGCAGCAACAGCAGCAACAGCAACAUCAGCAACAUCAGCAACAUCAGCAACUUCAGCAGCAGCAGCAACAUCAGCAUCAGCAUUCCGCACCGCCGGCAACGCAUUCGGUGCACGCGGCGCCGCCGCAACGUUUGGCCGUGGAGCCGGAGCCGCAGACGCUCGACUUGAGCAUCAAGAAGCCGCCGCGGGAUGGCCACUCGCCGCAUACGGGCGCCGGCGCCGUCGAUCGCCAUCAUGGACCGCCGCCGACAUUGGGCGGCGCCAUGAAGCACAUUGUGCGCACGGCGCCCAUGUUUAGGUCCGAGGCGCCACCCACAUUGUCGGUGCCCGGCGGACCGCCAAAUGCACCCAGCUAUUUAAUGUACCAGCAGCUGCAUGGCGUGGGCGUUGGCGUAGGCGUAGGCGUGGUCAAGGCAUCUGCAGUGCCCGCCCAGCCGGGCUCACUGUAUGUGCAACCCGUACCUGUACCCGCCGGCCAGGGCCAAAUGACGCGCCCAACGCCGCCGCCGCCCGCACAGCCCCAGCCGCCGCCGACGCGCGUCUCCAAGCUGCCGCCCAAGCUCAGUCCACAGCAGCACCCGCAGCAGCAGCACCCGCAGCAGCAGCAGCAACAACAUUUGCACAGUCAGGUGCCGUCGCCGCAGCAGCAGCAACAGCAAGCCGCAGUCAGCGUCGCUCAGCAGCAGCAGCAGCAGCAGCAGCAGUUGCAGAUGGUAAAGGGCGGCUCCAUAACCCACGGCACGCCCACCAACAGCGCACAGCAGCAGCAACAGCAGCAGAUUAUUGUGCAUGCAGCGCCGUCGUCGCUGCCCAGUCCCAAGUAUGAGAGCCUGGUGCGCCAGACGCCGCCGGGCAGCUGUCCGGAUAGCGGCAAGCAUGGCUCGAUUACGCAGGGCACGCCGCUGCAUUUGCCGCCGCAUCCGUUGGAUAGCAAGCGGGCGUAUGAUUUCUAUAAGAGUUCGCAGCGCUUGAGUCCCGCGCAGGCGCCGCCGCCGCCGCCGCCGCAGCAGUCGUCGCCGCAGGCACCGCCGCCCCAGGGCUAUGGUGUGGGCGUUACCGUUGGUUCGCCCUAUUCCCGCUCGCCCUACAGCAACGUCGUCGAGCAGGCCUCGGCGCUCAGCUCGCGCCAGAUUGUCAUCAACGACUAUCACACCUCGCAGCAAAUGCAGGGCCAGCAGCAGCGCAACGUCUCCCGGGGCAGCAGCAGCGCCGGCGGCGGCGCCGGUUCCGGUUCCGACAAGGAGUCGCCAUCGCCCCGCAACAGCAUCAGCGGCGGCUCCGCCGUCUAUGCCGGCUACGAGAAGGAGCCACAGCCACGCGGACGACCCGAAUAUUCCAGUCGCGCCUCACCGGCCGAUCAUUCCAACAGCACACCCAGUCCGCAUCGCACGCCGCCACCGCAGCGCCAGGGCGUCAUACAGCGCCACAACACGGGCUCCAAGCCGCCUUCGCCCGCUGCGCCGCCACCGAGUCGCAUGCACAUUGUCACGCCCUUCAAUUUUCCGCCAGCUGGCCACGAUGCGCUGGCCUCGUUUGUGGAUGUGGCCGUGCAGCAGCCGCAGCUGCCGGUGCCGUCGCAAAAGGAUGACAAAUCGCCAGUGUCGCAGCCGCCGCCACCGCAGCCGCAGCCGCCGCCAUCGACACACGGCCCGAUAAUAACGCACGCCCAGGUGGCGCCGGGACAGCCGGUGCCGCCGGCAGCACAUCACGAUCUGCGCUAUCGGGCCGAUCAGAUAUCGGCCAACUAUCAUCAUCAGAUGGCCGCCGCGGUGCACCAGCAGCUGGCUCAGCAGCAGUACAGGCAGCAGCUGAACGCGGCCGCUGCCGCACACGAGAUGCAGCGCCGCAUCGAGCAGGCGAAGCGCGAUCAGCGCCAGAUCAAUCACAACAUAGAACGGGAGCGCGAACUCCAAAAGGAGAUCAUGCAGAAUCAGCACCGAAUCGAACGGCAGCGUGAACAGGAGCGCCAGCGCCGGGAGCAGGAGCGCCGCGAACAGGAGCGCGCUGCCGAGGAGCGGGACAGCCGACGCAUGGAGCGCAUGCUGGCCACGGCCAAUGCGGUGCCACCGCCAAGCCAUGCGCAUGGUCAUCCCCAUGGACAUGGGCACUAUAUGCGUGGUCCGGUGCCUGAAACUGGGCCGCCACGCACCAUACCCGACCGUGAGCGAGAAGCUUACUAUCGCCAGGCACAUGGCAGCAAUCCGCCAGAGGAUGCACCCGGACAAUUCAGCGCCCAGAGUCUGAUUGAUGCCAUCAUCAAGCACGAGAUAAGCCGCACCGGCGACAUCGGCAACCUGCCCCGCGAAAUACCGCGUACCAACUACUAUCCGCGCGACUUGCGGCAGUCGCACGAGGGUCCCGUUUCGCUGCGGGCCGCCGAGAACAAUGGCAGCAUCAACUCCAGCUCGCCCAGUGUCAACAGCAUUGAUCUCGAGCAGGAGCAGCGCCCACAGCAACAGCAGCAGCAGCAGCAGCAGCAACAGCAACAGCAGCAGCAGCAGCAACAACAACAGCAGCAACAGCAGCAGCAGCAGCAGUCAAAGUCCGGCAUUCCGCAGUCUGGCUCGGAGCGGUCCGUGCAUGGCCAGCUGCGCGGUCAGGUGCCGCCGCCCACGCACCAUGGCACGCCCAUUUCACAACCGGGCAGCGGCCCGACGUCGCAGCAGCAGCAGCAGCAGCAACAGAUACACACGAAGAACAUCACCUUCGGGGAGCUGACGGACUCGAUAAUUGCCAAAGACUACGGACCGAAUCCGCAUUUGCGUCCCACCUAUUUGCCCUAUAUGCAGGAUACGCAGAGCAUAUUGCCGCCCGAUCGCUGGAAGCAGAACCGCCGCCAGCAGCAGAAGGCCGAGGAGGCCGCCGCUGCGGCAGCGGCAGCAGAACGUGCCAAACAGUCGCCCAUCAAUGUUGUUGGCGGCGGCGGUGGCGGUGGCAGCAGCACCAGCAGCAACAGCAGCAGCAGCAGCGGUAUCGGCAGCAAUAGCAGCGGUCCCGGCGUUGGUGGCGGCGGCGGCGGCGGCGGCAACAGGGGCAGCGACGUCGGCCCACCACCAACAGGUGGCGGACGGGCCAAUACGCCCGGCGAGGAUGCACGCAACAUAAUACGCCUGCCGCAGGCGGUCAGUCCGAGGAAGUACGCCCACGAGCUGAUCAUGCAGCAUGCCGCGGUGGCCGUUGGCGCCGAUCCCACACACUAUUUCCUCUCGGCACCCGGUGCUGUUGUCGGUCGCAGCGGUGGCCCCGGAGUCGUUGUGCCGCCGCCGCCGCUUCCCCAAUCCAGCGGCGAUCAGCGCGGCCCCGGCGCCGACAGUGGCGGCGGCGGCGGCGGUUCGGGCUCCAAGUUUGACAACUAUGUAAAGAAUCGAAUUGCGGAAGUGAUGCGCGACGAUUACGGCAAGAGUCGCAACGUGGAGGAGCAUCUGCACGCCCAGGUCGCGCAUUUGGCGCACGCCCAUGCCGUUGCCGCACAGAGCCACGUCAAGGAGUCGGCGCCGCCGCCGACACACGAGAUCAGCGUCUCGCGCAAGACGCCCAACCAGUACGAUGUGAUAGACAGCGGGCGACGCUCGGCCAGCAGCAGCAGCGGCGGCGGCGGCUCCAACAGCCACAACGCGUCCGCCUAUCAUGCGCCGCCGCCGCCGUCGGCGGUGAACGCCUUCGCUGCCAACACCUAUGCGUAUCCGUUUAGCGCUCUGACCGUGCCCAGCGCUGCCGGCGGUCUGCCGCCGCCGCCGUCAAUGCCGAUGGCGCAUCAGUCGGCGCCGCCGUCCCACUUAAGCUGCAAGGCGGCGCAUGCGCUUAACGAAGUGGGCGCCGCAGCGGCUGGCGUCAGUUUGAUUGUGGGCGGCGGAGGCGGCGGCGGCGUCGUUGUUGGCAGCGGCGGUCCUGGUCCUGGCGGCUCAGUGGGCGGCGUCCUUGGCGCCUCAGCUGGCGGCGGCGGUGGUCCGCUGAAUGCCAACGUAUUGGCCGUUGCUGCUGCAGCUGCGGCAGCGGCAGCCGCUGCCUGCGAACCAAAGCCUCUGCUGUCCUCCAAAUAUGAGGCGCUUAGCGACGAAGAUUAG